GAAUCCAUCAGAUGCAGCACCGUAGUUCCCUGGCCCCCAAUACAGUCGUACGACUGGGCUUAACCCGAGUUGUUAAUAAUCCCUUUUCGUUUCGCACACCCCUUUCUCUAAUCUCGUAGCGAUGGAGGAUUCCAAGGGGAGCGGUGGCGGCGAUAGGCCCAGCGCCGACCACAACCCUAGCCAGAAUCAGCCUCCACCGGUCGCUGUUUCCGGAGGGGACGAUGAUGCCGCAGCCGCAGCCGCGGCGGCGGCGGCGGCGUCAGCCGAGGCAGAGGAUGAGGCGCGGCGUCCGUUCACGGCCCUCAGCCAGGUCGACGCCGACCUCGCCCUAGCGCGCGUCCUCCAGGAGCAGGAGCGGGCGUAUAUGAUGCUGCGCAUGAACGGCGGCGGCGGCGGCGAGGGCAGCGAUUACGGCAGCUCGGAGGCCGGGAGCUACGAGUACGACGAGGAGGCGGAGGAGGACUACGAGGAGGAGCUGGAGCACCACCUCCGCGUCCACCACCACGAGCACACGACGGGAGACGGCGGUGACGGUGACGGCGAUGCUGAGGAAGAGGAAGAAGGAGAGGAGGGUGAGGGUGAGGGUUCUGAGGGGAGUGAGUACGAGGAGGAGGGGUUUGAAGAGGAUGAGGAUGUGGAGGAAAUGGAGCCAGAGGUAGACCCUGCGGAGUACGAGGACGACGAGGCUUAUGCACGAGCACUGCAGGACGCUGAGGAGCGUGAGGUCGCUGCGCGCCUUUUAGCUCUUGCUGGAAUCAGCGAUUGGCGAGCAGUGGAGCAUGUAGAGGAGCACGUGAAUGAUGCGCAGGAUUCCUGGCAGGAAGUUGAUCCAGAUGAGUACUCUUAUGAGGAACUAGUUGCAUUGGGUGAAGUAGUUGGUACAGAAAGCAGAGGUCUAUCUGCUGAUACCCUUGCUUCCUUACCUUCAGUAACUUACAAGACAAAAGACGUGCAAGAUGGCAACACAGAGCAAUGUGUAAUUUGUCGUGUGGAAUUUGAGGAAGGUGAAUCUUUGGUUGCACUUCCCUGCAAGCAUUCAUAUCAUCCUGACUGCAUAAACCAGUGGCUCCAAAUAAAUAAGGUAUGCCCUAUGUGUAGCGCAGAAGUUUCUACCUCGGAAAACAAGCAAGCAUGAACAAUGAUUAUUGGUGCUUGGAAGGGAAAAAGUAGUGGCAUCAUGCCAGUAUCGAUGAUGUUGAAAAGAAAGCAGCAAUGACUUCUACAAACAUGAAAAGGCACAAGGGAGUCCUCAAGUUUUAGUCCUCAGUCCUCUCCAAAGCUCAACUUGCUAAAACUUUCUUUGCUUUGCCUCUAUGCUCUGUAUUCCCUUGCUGUUGUAUGAGUCACAGAUCUACACUAAUUAUAUUAAUAUUCUUGUCCAUUCUUUUACUCUUUAGUUUA